UAUUGAUCAUUCCUUUUGACUUUUUGACGGAACGAUAUAACCCUUCGGCGGAAUUUUAAAUGCGACACCAAUAUAUAUUACUGGGAAUCAGCGGAGAAUUUCUGGAGGUGUUAACUCUUCGGAAAUAAAAACGCACGUUUAAGAUCGUUACUGGCGGACCAAGAUGAGCAGAAAGUUUACGGACAGCGAGAUCCGUGCCUAUUCCAAAAACAGGCACGAAGAGAAGGUGUUGCGUGUAAAGAUUGAUAAGCUUAAGGAUGACAUGGGGUUGUUCCACGACAGUUCUGCUAAACAACGCCAGAAUCUGGUGGACGAGUGCCGUGAAAUACGCAUGACAACCGGCGGUAGUCCGGUUCCUAGAUAUUGUACCACGGACGUUGAAUUUGAUCUGGCCAGUCGCAUUCAACGCCCUUGGGCAUACAGCGUCAUGGAAACCACGUACAACGUCGCAUACAAGGACGCUGUCAUACCCGUACCAAAGAGGCGGCGUGGCCGACGACCCGCGUCAUCGGCGUUCCAAACCCCAUCUCCUAGAUCAUCAUCGGUCCGAACACCGAAAUCCGUGACGUCUAUGGCGACUAACCAGUCGAAAAGCACUCGUCGCACCGCGUCAUCGAAAAGUAACUUAUUUUCUAAAAAAAAUCAUUUACCAAACAUUUCUGACAGCACGAGCACAGGCUGUGUCGCAGAUCAGCAGGUAAAAAGAGUUAUAAGUCCUCUUCCGUUAAAAGCAGAACAAGUUGGAUCUAAAGACAACGCUGAGAUUAAACGAGUAACUGAGUCAGAGGAAAGCGAAGGUUACGUUAAAGGCGGCGCUGAUGCUGUGCAAGAGAUAAGUAUAAAGAUUACUCAAGUAACUCCAGUAAUUUGUGAUGAAAAUGAAGGCUUUGACACAAUAGAUGGCAACAAACUCAUGGACACAUUUGAUGAAACUAUUAAUCCGAAUAAUUUAUUCAUCAAGGCAGUUAGACCGGAAUCAAGAAUGUUUACAGCACCGUUAACAUUGAAAUCAGCAUACGAAAUAAAUUCCAAAGACUAUCAGGAAGCACAGAGGAGACGAGAAAUCAGCAGAUCAAGGUCGAGGGUGAAUUUUUCUUCACCAGUUCAUGCAUCAAAAGACCAAAGCCCGAAAGAGAAACCAGUCUCACCAGAACGGUUAGCUAGCGCUUCAGUGCGUGUUGUUAACGAAAUAAAUGAAAGUAACACGGGACUAGAGAAAACGAACAAUGGAUCUUCAGAAAGUCAAAGAUCUCAGAAAGCGCAUUUGUUAACCCUCGACCCCGAAACAAUGCAAGAUAUUAGCGUUCGAAGCAUUGGAAAUAUUACAUACAAAGGAAAGCUACUAAGAAAUUACAUUCGGCCUGAGGAAAGGUACAAAAUAGAUCCGAUUGUUAUUAAAAGAAGACAAAACAAGAUGGAUAAACUUGCCAUGGAGAGUGUCUCAUUUCUGAAGAAGGUUAACCACGAGAAUACCAAGGUAGACAUUGCUUUCCCUAGGUCUGAACGGAAACGUAUUCUAAUCAAACUAGUUGCUGCCAAUAAUUCAGGGAAAGGUCAAAAGGUGGCAGGUGAUGACGGAGAAAUCAUUCAACAGAAGAUUGAAUAUUUCAUGGCGUCAAUAUCGGACUAUAUAAGGAAACAGCAACUUGAACGUGAAAAAAUGUGUUAAUUAUAUUAAAUAAUAUAUUGAAAAUUAUAACGCGCAAUCUGAUAAUUGACAUUCGAGAUAAUGUCAGUAUAAAAUACCUUAUCUGAAUAGCAUAACUGAUAUAUAAUAUAAAAUAUAAAAUGAACAAAGCAGCAUUGUUCAAAUUAAUUCAACAUUUGGAGAUGAAAUAAAGAUCAAUAAAGUCUCUUGUACAAGCUUAAGUGUGUACAAAUAGAACGUUUUAUUGUUGUAGAAAUAACAUUCAUACGCGUAAGGAGCAAAUUGUGAAGACUAUUGUUAAUGGUAUGAUUUUUCCACAUUAAGUAAUACACAUGUAUUAAAAUGCAAGAAUAUAUUUAAUUAAUCAAAUUUAUAUAUAUCUAUAUAUACGAUAACAGAUAUAAAUUGUGAAUUUAAAUGUAUGUUACAUUUUACAUGUAUCAUAUAUUAAAGAUGAGUCGUUGCACACGGUUUCGUAAAUGUAUGUAAAGUAUCGUUUUCUAUUUGAUCAUUAAACAAUUCGUAUCAGAAAGGUCGUAUACGACUGUAAUAUACAUACAAUUUUAUUGGUUACUUUCUAAAAUGCCGUGGCUUUAAGUCGUUGAUUGAAGUUUAUCUUUGAUGAUCAAUUGACCUUGUAUCAAUUGGUGAAGUAAAAUGUUGUUGUUAAAACAUAAAAUAAUUUAUUAUUAAUUUACAUAAAGAGUAACUACAAACCGAUUUUCAUUUAUUGUAUGCUUACGUUUGUUGAUGUGCCAUGUUAUUCCGUUUGUACAUGCUACCGCUCCGGAGUUCUGAUGCUCUCAUCUUAGACACAAUAUAUAAGAAAGGUCAGGCAUGAUUUUAAGUUGCAUGAUGCAAUAAGUUUAUGAUAUUUCUAUUUAUACCUAGGAAUAGAAAACUGAUUUAUUAAACAAAAGACCUUAACAGGCGCAGAACUUAUCAUACUACCAUAUUUAUAGUAUUUAUAUCGACGAUUCAGGGUUUUCGUAAGCACAUAUUGGUUUGUGUUUGUUAUGAUUUAUAUUCAGAGUUUCUAAUUAUUGAAAAUCACAUCUCACAAAAUGCACAGACUGUUGCUCGAAAUAGGGCAGGGAGGACAGUCGUCGAAUCAUUCCAGAAGCAUAAUAUAAUACGUAAAUACAUCCGAUAUUGUUUUUCGCAGUCCAAAGCAUUGGAUGUCUUAUUUAUAUGACUACCUUGAAGGUCAGGCGGUUGCAAAAAGAAAUAAACAGAUGUUAUU